AUGGGUAAUUUUUGGAAUUCACAUGUUAGUAAUGAUGAUAGGGGCGCGCUGAUACCUCCAUUUUAUUAUCCUUCAUCAUCAACAUCACCACAAACAAUUGAUAAUAUCCAUUCAGAAACUGGAUUAAUUGGAACCAUAGCAAAUGUACCAAAACUGAUAGUUCGUAAUCGUUUGGGUGGUCCGAAUACUUAUAUGAAUUAUACAGAUAUUCAUGCAGCACAACGAAAAAAUAUGAUUGACCAUCAUUUACCAAUUGUUAAAUAUGAUGAAAAAAAAAUCAAACAGUCUGAUUGUGCAAUAUGUCUUAUUGAUUUUGAACAGAACCAAGAAGUUCGUCAACUACCAUGUUCACAUGUCUAUCAUCAAAAAUGCAUUGAUCAAUGGUUAUUAAAACAAUUUAUUUGUCCAUCGUGUCUUACAAAUGUGGAUGCUGCCUUAUUACUACAAUUUGUACCAAAAAGUUAA